AUGACCUUUAUAACCUAUGAUGUCUAUAAUAAUGGCUAUUAUUUAGGAGGAUCUCUCAAUAUGACAGCGGAUAGGGAAAUCCAAUGUUCGUCAGCGGGAUGUACCCUGAAGAGAUAUCUGUCGACGCUGUAUGAAAAGACACGCCAUGAAAAUCGUUGGCUGUUGAAGGAUAUUACCAUGAGGGUGACAACGGUGACCACUCAAAUGCCUCAUACCGAUCCCGCCGACAAAAUUUUGGAUUUUCUGGCUUCAGAAAAGAAGAAAAAUAUCGAUGCCAUUGCCAGGUUCGGAUUUGGUUAUAUUAUGCUAUUGAAGGAUAACAUUGGAUGCCGCUAUUUCCACAAUUUCACCAAUACCUGGAGCCUAACGGAAGCAACUGGUGGGGUCGUUGGGGCCCUGGGCAUUGAUCAGUCGGCUGAGCUGUCCUCUUCACCAUUUCUCAUAUCCAAACUUCGGUUGAACUAUGUAAAGCCCACCAUGCCUCUGGGCAACUUUCGCCAGGUUUGCAUUUUUCGAACCCCACGCAAUGCCGGAAUACGCGGUGAGGUCUACCUCGAACCAUUUUCCGCCAAAGUUUGGUUUAUAUUCGGCGGCAUAAUUCUAUUGAUUGGAUGUGUGCUGUGGAUAACCUUUGUCGUUGAAUAUCGUCAGCUAAAAUUCUAUUUGACUUUUUUACCUUCGUUGCUGAGCAGCUGUCUGCUGGCAUUCGGGUCGGCAUGUUGUCAGGGUAGCUUUUUGGUACCCAAAUCGACGGGUGGACGAAUGACAUUUUUCUCGCUUUCGCUGCUGACAUUUAUUAUUUAUAAUUAUUACACUUCGAUUGUAGUGGCCAUAUUAUUGGGUUCUCCUGUGAAGUCGAAUAUCAAGACCCUGGCCCAGUUGGCGGAAAGUAAUUUGGAUGUGGCCAUGGAACCAAUACCCUAUACGAAGUCGUAUUUGAAUUUCUCAAAGUUGCCUGAAAUCCGCACCCUGGUGCGUAAUAAAAUCCAAGCGAAAAAGGACUCCAAAAGUGUUUGGAUACCCAUUGCGGAGGGUGUGCGACGGGUACGUGAUGAACCCGGAUUUGUUUAUGUCACCGAAUCGUAUUCCAGUUAUUCGUUGAUUGAAAAUACCUAUACCGCCAAGGAGAUAUGCGAUCUCAAUGAGAUAUUGUUUCGACCACAAGAAAUUCUGCACGAACAUGUCAAUGUCAAUUCGAGCUAUGUGGAAUUUAUACGUUAUAAACAAGUUCGCAUCUUUGAAUCUGGGGUACAUCGUCGCUUGCAGGGUAUUUGGGUAAAGACCCGUUUGCCAUGUUUCCUAUCGAGUGGCUCCUUGGUCCAAGUGGGUUUGGAAUAUACCGCUCCACUGUUCAUCAUGCUGGCCUGUGUGUAUGUGCUGGUUUUUAUGCUGCUGCUCUUGGAGAUCCUAUGGCAUAAAUAUGUGGAGAAUUUGGAAGUCAAGGAAAUUUUGGGCGGAUUGAUGAAGGACAACUAA